CCCAGUACACUUGCCCGUGGUGUCAGCGAGCACUGGACUUCUUCCUCUGGUGAAGUGGAUAUACUCGAACUUGAAACAAAGAAAAAAAAUGUCUCCACUUCUGAGAAGCAUCUGUGACAUCAUUGAAAUUUUCAAUCAAUAUGUCUCACAUGAUUGUGAUGGAGCAGCAUUAACUAAGAAAGACCUGAAGAACCUCCUUGAAAGAGAAUUUGGAGCUGUACUUCGGAGACCACAUGACCCCAAGACGGUAGAUCUGAUCCUGGAACUUCUGGAUCGUGACUGUAACGGGCAUGUCGAUUUCAAUGAAUUCCUCCUAUUCAUUUUCAAAGUGGCUCAAGCUUGUUACUAUGCUCUGGACCAGGCCACGGGACUAGAUGAAGACAAGCGAACCCUCUGUGAUGGAAAGGAGAACCUGUUACAAGAUCGCGGGCAAGAAGACCAAAGGAGAUUCGAGCCUCAGGGCAGACAACCGGAAGGAGAACGUGGGCAACGACCGAGGCAGAAGACGCAGGAACAGGAGAGGGAGCGCACUGAGGGAGAGGAGCAAAGGGAGAAACAAGAGCGACUAGAACAGCGUGAUAGGCAGCGCCGCGACGAGGAGCUUCCAGACGACGAGCAACAGCGAAGGCGGGAGCUGCAGGAGCUGAGGAGGGAGUCCCGUGAGGAGAAGCAGCAGCAAAGGCAAGAGCUGCAAGAGAGAGUGCUCCAGGAGGAAGAAGGGAAGCUGCAAAAACGGGAGAGGCAAGAGCAAAGGGAGAGACUGGAAGAUGAACCGCAGCGGCAAAGAGAGCUCCAGGAGGAAGAAGAGCAGCUACAGAAGCGGGAGCGGCAAGAGCUGAAGAGGGAGCGCCAGGAGGAAGAGCAGCAGCUGCAAAGGUUAAGGCGCGAGCAGGAGGAGAGGCGCGAGCAGGAGGAAGAGAGGCGCGAGCAGCAGCUGAGGCGCAAGCAGGAGGACAGGCGCGAGCAGCAACUAAGGCGCGAGGAAGAAGAGAGGCGCGAGCAGCGGCUGAAGCGCGAGCAGGAGGAGAGGCCGGAGCGACAACUAAGGCGCGAGGAGGAGGACGAGAGGCGCGAGCAGAGGCUGAAGCGCGAGCAGGAGGAGAGGCGGGAGCGACAACUAAGGCGCGAGGAGGAGGAAGAGAGGCGCGAGCAGGAGGAGAGGCGGGAGCAGCAACUAAGGCGCGAGGUGGAGGACGAGAGGCGCGAGCAGCGGCUGAGGCGCGAGCAGGAGGAGAGGCGCGAGCAGGAGCUGGCUGAGGAGGAGGAGCAGGAACAGGUCCGGGAGCGAAUUAAGAGCCGCACCCCGAAGUGGCAGUGGCAGCUAGAAAGGGAAGCCGAUGCACGGCAAAGCAAAGUCUACUCGAGGCCCCGCAGGCAGGAAGAGCAGAGGCGCCGCCAAGAGCAGGAGGAGAAGAGGCGGCGCCGGGAGCGUGAGCUGCAACAGCAGGAGGAGGAACCCGCUCGCCGGCAGCAGCAGCAGGAGGAGCAGCGCCGGGACUUCAAAUGGCAGUGGCAGGCUGAGGAAGAGAGCGAGAGGCGCCGACAGAGACUGUCGGUCAGGCCCUCGUUGCGGGAGCAGCGGCAGAGGCAGCUGAGGGCAGAGGAGCGCCUGCAGCGGGAACAACGGUUUCUCCAGGAGGAGGAGGAGCAGGAGCAGCGUCGCGAGAGGGAGCAAGAGCUGAAGUUCCUGGAGGAAGAAGAGCAGCUCCAACGGGGGGAGCGCACCCAACAGCUCCAGGAGGAGGAGGACGGCCUCCAUGAGGAUCAGGAAAAGAGGCGACGCCAGGAACAGCGCCGCGACCAAAAGUGGAGGUGGCAACUAGAAGAAGAAAGGAAUAGACGCCGCCACACGCUGUACGCCAAGCCGGCCCUACGAGAGCAGCUGAGGAAGGAAGAGCAGCUGCAGCAGGAGGAAGAGCAGCUGCUGAGAGAAGAACCGGAGAAGAGAAGGCGCCAGGAGCUGGAGAGACAAUACCGCGAGGAAGAGGAGCUGCAGCAGGAGGAAGAGCAGCUGCUAAGAGAGGAGCGCGAGAAGAGAAGGCGCCAGGAGCGGGAGAGACAAUAUCGCGAUGAAGAGGAGCUGCAGCAGGAGGAAGAGCAGCUGCUACGAGAGGAGCGGGAGAGACAAUACCGCAAGGAAGAGGAGCUGCAGCAGGAGGAAGAGCAGCUGCUGAGAGAGGAACAGGAGAAGAGAAGGCGCCAGGAGCGAGAGAGACAAUAUCGCGAUGAAGAGGAGCUGCAGCAGGAGGAAGAGCAGCUGCUGAGAGAGGAGCGUGAGAAGACAAGGCGCCAGGAGCGGGAGAGACAAUAUCGCGAUGAAGAGGAGCUGCAGCAGGAGGAAGAGCAGCUGCUGAGAGAGGAACAGGAGAAGAGAAGGCGCCAGGAGCGAGAGAGACAAUAUCGCGAUGAAGAGGAGCUGCAGCAGGAGGAAGAGCAGCUGCUGAGAGAGGAGCGCGAGAAGAGAAGGCGCCAGGAGCGGGAGAGACAAUACCGCAAGGAAGAGGAGCUGCAGCAGGAGGAAGAGCAGCUGCUGAGAGAGGAGCGCGAGAAGAGAAGGCGCCAGGAGCAAGAGAGCCAAUAUCGCGAGGAAGAGGAGCUGCAGCAGGAGGAAGAGCAGCUGCUAAGAGAGGAGCGCGAGAAGAGAAGGCGCCAGGAGCGGGAGAGACAAUACCGCGAGGAAGAGGAGCUGCAGCAGGAGGAAGAGCAGUUUCUAAGAGAGGAGCGCGAGAAGAGAAGGCGCCAGGAGCGAGAGAGCCAAUAUCGCGAGGAAGAGGAGCUGCAGCAGGAGGAAGAGCAGCUGCUAAGAGAGGAGCGCGAGAAGAGAAGACGCCAGGAGCGGGAGAGACAAUACCGCGAGGAAGAGGAGCUGCAGCAGGAGGAAGAGCAGUUUCUAAGAGAGGAGCGUGAGAAGAGAAGGCGCCAGGAGCGAGAGAGACAAUAUCGUGAGGAAGAGGAGCUGCAGCAGGAGAAAGAGCAGUUUCUAAGAGAGGAGCGUGAGAAGAGAAGGCGCCAGGAGCGAGAGAGACAAUAUCGUGAGGAAGAGGAGCUGCAGCAGGAGGAAGAGCAGCUGCUGAGAGAGGAGCUGGAGAAGAGAAGGCGCCAGGAGCGGGAGAGGCAGUAUCGGGAGGAGGAAGAGCUUCAGCGCCAGGACAGAAAGCGGCGAUACCGGGAUGAGGAUCAGCGCAGUGAUCUGAAAUGGCAGUGGGAACCAGAAAAAGAAAAUGCAGUUCGUAAUAACAGGGUUUACUGCAAACGUAGAGAGAAUGAACAGCUCCGGCAGUUGGAAGAUUCCCAGGUGCGUGACAGACAAUUCCAGCAGGAUCUGCAGCCCCUGCUGGAUGAACAGCAAGAGAGAGACCGCGAGCAAGAGAGGCGGCGCUGGCAGCAGCGCGACAGGCAGUUCCCAGAGGAAGAACAGCUGAAGCGAGAAGAGCAAAAGGAAGCCAACAGGCGCGACAGGAAGUUCCAAGAGGAAAAGCAGUUGCUGAGAGAGGAAAGAGAAAAGAAACGCCGUCAGGAGACAGACAGAAAAUUCCGCGAGGAGGAACAGCUGCUGCGCCAAGAGCGUGACAGAAAAUUCCUGGAAGAGGAACAGCAGCUGCGCCGCCAGGAACGAGAGAGAAAAUUCCGUGAGGAGGAACCGCAGCUGCGCCGCCAGGAGCGCGAACAACAGCUGCGCCAGGACCGCGACAGAAAAUUCCGUGAGGAGGAACAGCUCCGUCAGGAGAGGGAGGAACAGCAGCUGCGUCGCCAGGAACGAGAGAGAAAAUUCCGCGAGGAGGAACCGCAGCUGCGCCGCCAGGAGCGCGAACAACAGCUGCGCCAGGACCGCGACAGAAAAUUCCGUGAAGAGGAACAGCUCCGUCAGGAGAGGGAGGAACAGCAGCUGCGCCGCCAGGAGCGCGACAGAAAAUUCCGCGAGGAAGAGCAGCUCCGCGAGGAGGGACAGCUCCGCCAGGAGAGGGAGGAACAGCAGCUGCGACGCCAGGAGCGGGACAGAAAAUUCCGCGAGGAGGAACAGCUGCUACAGGAAAGGGAAGAACAGCAGCUGCGCCAAGAGCGUGACAGAAAAUUCCUGGAAGAGGAACAGCAGCUGCGCCGCCAGGAACGAGAGAGAAAAUUCCGCGUGGAAGAACAGCAGCUGCGCCCCCAGGAGCGGGAACAGCUGCGCCAGGAGCGCUACAGAAAAUUCCGCGAAGAGGAACAGCUCCGCAAGGAGAGGGAGGAACAGCAGCUGCGCCACCAGGAGCGCGACAGAAAAUUCCGCGAGGUGGAACAGCAGGUGCGCCCCCAGGAGCGCGACAGAAAAUUCCGCGAAGAGGAACAGCUCCGCAAGGAGAGGGAGGAACAGCAGCUGCGCCGCCAGGAGCGGGAACAGCUGCGCCAGGAGCGCGACAGAAAAUUCCGCGAGGAGGAACAGCAGCUGCGCCCCCAGGAGCGGGAACAGCUGCGCCAGGAGCGCGACAGAAAAUUCCGUGAAGAGGAACAGCUCCGCAAGGAGAGGGAGGAACAGCAGCUGCGCCCCCAGGAGCGCGACAGAAAAUUCCGCAAAGAGGAACAGCUCCGCAAGGAGAGGGAGGAACAGCAGCUGCGCCGCCAGGAGCGCGACAGAAAAUUCCGCGAGGAGGAACAGCAGCUGCGCCCCCAGGAGCGGGAACAGCUGCGCCAGGAGCGCGACAGAAAAUUCCGCGAAGAGGAACAGCUCCGCAAGGAGAGGGAGGAACAGCAGCUGCGCCGCCAGGAGCGCGACAGAAAAUUCCGCGAGGAGGAACAGCUCCGCAAGGAGAGGGAGGAACAGCAGGUGAGCCGCCAGGAGCGCGACAGAAAAUUCCGCGAGGAGGAACAGCAGCUGCGCCGCCAAGAGCGGGACAGAAAGUAUCGCCGGGAAGAGGAGCAGCUGCAGCUUGAGGAGCAGGAAGAGCAGAGGCGCCGACAGGAGAGAGACCGGCAGUACCGGGCGGAGGAGCAGUUUGCGAGGCAGGAGAAGAGUCGUCAUCAGGAACAAGAACUGCGGCAAGAAGAAGAGCAGAGACGUCGCCAGGAACGGGAAAGGAAAUUCCGGGAAGAACAGCUCCGCCGCCAGCAGGAGGAAGAACAGAGGCCCCGCCAAGUCCGGGAGAUCCAAUCCCAAGAAGGCAAGGGCUAUGGGCGGCUUCUGGAGCCCGGCGCUCGUCAGUUUGCCAACGUCCCAGUGCGCUCCAGCCCUCUCUAUGAGUACAUCCAAGAGCAGAGAUCUCAAUACCGCCCUUAAGAGAUAUUGCCAAUACCCUGACACCUGCCAAAGCUUUGAGCACAGGAAAAUGAGAAACACUGGGUACCAAGUGAUAACUCAGAUGUUUCAGGUUGCGGGAAAUCUCUCUGAUGUUAGAAUGUCUUUUCUUCCAAAAUCUUAAACUACGCUCAUUUUAUGUACUUUGUACUCCUGCUUUUUAUUCUUCCUCAAGUAGUUAUUUACUGCAAGACGUCUUUCUUUUGCUCUUUGAUGCAGAUGUGGUGUGCAUUUGAAAAAAAAAAACACAUAAAUCAUUUAAUUUGUUUAAGGAGUUUUGUUUGAGGAACGUGUUCAUUUAUUGCUUUCAGAAGUAACAAGAAUAAUAGGAUGCCUUGAGAUUCUAAACAAUGAGUCUGUUUAAUGACUGACCCACCUUGUGGAAAGUGCAGAUAUUUUUAAUGUUCAAGUUGCUAUUUCUUCUUAAACCUAAAUUGAUCUUUGCCCCCAAACACCUUUUCAUCUUUUGUGGCAUAAUUAGCACAGGUUCCAGGUAACUGAAUUUUUAUAACCCUUGGAUAGUGCAGGUGGAGUGACCACUGCAUGAAAACUUUCUGCGAAAUCAGCCUAUUACUGGAAGAAAUAUCUGUUAAGGAUAGGUUUAGCUUUGAAGAUUUAGAAUUCAAAUUAGAUUUUUUUACAUUCAACUUCACUUACCCACAUAAUCUCAUGAAGCAAAAAUGAGGUGUUUCUCAAACAACUUCAGAGUUCAAAUUUUAAAAUUGUGUCUGGUGUAGUCUACAGUGUUCAUUCUACUUCCCCAAGUUUUGAAGAGUUUGAGAAUAUUAGGAAACUUUGUUAAUUUUAGCUUAUUAGAAGGAAGCUGUUCAGAAUCCCAUAAACAUCUGGCUUACUCUAGGGCCAAUAAGAGAUCACAGAGAGCAUCCUGGAGGUGUAAAAAGGAAAAAUGUGUGAACAUAGGGGCAACUUCCUAGAGGCCCUUUGACAAGACCCAUCAGCGCACAAUCAUUUGAGGCCUAUUUAUAAUACCUUGCAAACAUUCUUGUUGAAAUAAUUGGACUGAAAAAUAAUAAUAAAUGUUUGGCAAAUAA